CUCACCUCCCGCUUCCCUUGGUUGUUUUUGGAAACCUGGAUAGGGGAGAGGAGUCCCGAGCUAGAGGUCACUUUGGUGCCCUGGUGGUUGUGGGCAGCACCGUAGUGAAAGCGGUGAGCCAUGGCAAGUUCCAGCAGUCCAGCAAAAUGGACGCCGGAGGAUGAGUGGGCAUUGUCCCUGUUGAUGCAGAAGCGUAUGAACGCUGACACGACAGGAAGCUUUGGACCGCCAUCUUUGCCGGAGAAAGGAGCGCUGCAGUCCGCUGGCGCGAUGCAUGAUGGGUCAAAGAGACGAUGGGUGGCAGAACCGGAGGCAGCUUCAGAGUGGGAGCAAGUGAACACUGAGAGUGCACCGAGCUAUGCAGGAAAGGUGAGAAUGGAUGACACACUUUUCGAGGAAGCCCUAGUGGCGGCCUUGGACGCCUCUCCAGUGAUCGGCGCAGCCAGCCAGAAAGAGGCUGACAAUGACCUCCCAGUUGACCUCCCACCUGGUGUUGACAGCCUGACGCAGUGGGGACGCACCAUGAUGUCCUUUGGGCAAUACAAAGGGAAGUAUUGCUACCAUGAGAUCGCCAGUGGAGCAAGCUUCUGGGACUAUAAGAAGUGGGUGAGGACCCACAUCAAACCUGGAGCUAGCAAAGGAGCAGCUUUGGAUUUUGCAUCCUACCUGCGAGCGUAUGACAAAGAACAUGGGCGUUCACAGUUGCCGGUUUUUCCAGGAACAUCGAUUCCCCGGCAGUUCAAAGAUGCCUAGGGACCGAAGGGCAUCCAGAUGGAUUUGGAAUUGGCUAUGAGCCAGGCAGCGCUGGAAUUUUUGAAAGCAGCUUGGACCUGGACGCCUCUCGUGUGGUUUUGGUCUCACUCCAGCUCAAAAGGGGGUGUGAAAUUUGGAUGUGCGAGACGCACCAGAUGUGGCGAGCUGGAUGUUUUGUGUGCGACAAUGGCAUAUAUGGAUGCCAUAGUGGAAUCCAUGAAGAUGUGAGGAUUUUUGCAUGCUGAGUAUCACCAUCGGGUGAUGCUUAUUUGGACACCUUUGCAAUGAACUAGCAUUGCACCAGCAACAAGCUCUUCACGCACCAGGUAUCAUCAACGGAUGAUGCCAAGGUGAACACUUUUGCAGUGAUCUAGCAUUGCACGCCAAUAUCAUCGAAGAUGACAUUGGAACGAACACCUUUGCAACGGACUAGCAUUGCCCUUUUCAGGCACAAUGGUACGAAGUUUGUUUUUGGAAGAGGCCAUAAUUUCCAAAAGGCCAAAAGCUUUUGUAUGCAUUUUUGAAUGCGCGCAUCUCACAUUGUGAUCUGCACGCAUGAUCACAGCACGUACAGUGUGCAUAUGCUUUGCAUUUUGAAAGCAGUUUGCACGAUGUGUUUUGGAAGCACAUUUGAAUGUGUCAUGAACGUCGUUCAGUUUCAUGUAAAGAUGGAAACGAUGAACGCAGCUUUUGCACGCAGUCCGUUGAACUUUUCAACUUUUGGACGCCUUGCAAUGUUUUUUCUCUCAAGAAGGAGAGGCUCAAGCAGAAGUGACGAACGUCACGUUGGUUGUGAGUAA